CACAUGCACUUUCUGCAUGCAUUCAGUGUGCUUUCAUGUUAAUCCUUAUCUUUAGAGUGAGACUUUAUACCCAGAUUGCUGUAGGCGAGCUCUCUAUGUUCAGUGAAUAAGUACAUGCAUCUCCUGCAAUAAUGUCGUGGAACAGCUAAAAGUAAGUUAUCAAAAGGAAGAGAUUGAUGCCUGGGAACUCUACUCAGAGUUAUGGAACUGAACAGAAAAACAAGUGACCCAGUUCAGUGGACUCCAUAUCUGAUUGGAAAAUGCAUAAUCAGAGCACUUUAUGUCCUCAUCAACAAUUUGUACUGCAUCCCAGCUUACGUGGUGUGGAUGUUUUGCUUUUCACCACUAAGAUUUAUCAGACCAGAUUUGUAUUGGUACAUCGAAGGAGUGUUAUUUAAGUGGCUGCUUGCUAUGGUAACUUGCUGGAUGACAACUGCAGGCUAUCGUGUUGUAGAAGUGGGAGAGAAUGUGUCCCCAGCUUACAAUGAAGAGGCUCUGGUCAUUGUAAACCACCAGUCCACAGCUGAUGUGCCCACCAUGAUGCAUGCCCUGCAGCACAAAGGAAAGGCUGUAAGGCAUAUGAUGUGGAUACAGGAUCUGAUUUUCAAGUACACCAACUUUGGGGUGGUAUCAGCCAGUCAUGGGGAUUUCUUUAUUUUACAGGGAAAAGAACAUAGAAAUACAAUGUUGGACAAGCUGCAGGAGCACAUUGAGAAGACUUACCUCACUAGAGACAGGAAAUGGAUUUUACUGUUUCCAGAAGGUGGCUUUUUAAGAAAACGAAGACAAGGGAGCCAGAUAUUUGGACAGAAGAAUAAUUUUCCAAUACUGGAACAUGUAACACUCCCAAGAGUUGGUGCUAUGAAGACAGUGCUGACUACACUGUCCAAAGAGACACUAAAGAAGAAAUCAACUCAAGCACCUGGUGGGUUUGUGUUCCUUACACUAAAAAAAAAACUCAAAAGCAAAUGA